GCUAGUGGCGGGAGGAGUAAAGAUGGCGGCGCAGUGGUCUCCGCCUUCUCCUCCUGGCUGAAGCGCUCUGAGGGAGGCGGCAGCGGCCACCCAACCCGCUCCAGCAGUCCAGUAUUGGUCCUUUCGGCAGCAGCUGCCGAGGCCCGAGCAAUGGCGGAGCUAGAGCACCUGGGCGGGAAGCGGGCAGAGUCGGCGCGAAUGCGGCGGGCUGAGCAGCUGAGGCGCUGGCGGGGUUCGCUGACCGAGCAGGAGCCCGUGGAGCGUCGAGGCGCGGGGCGGCCGUCGCAGACGAGGCGCGGGAGUCCUCGGGUCCGCUUCGAGGAUGGCGCCGUCUUCCUGGCCGCCUGCUCCAGCGGGGACACCGACGAGGUGAAAAAGCUGCUGGCGAGAGGCGCCGACAUCAACACGGUCAACGUGGACGGCUUGACAGCCCUGCACCAGGCUUGUAUUGAUGAAAAUUUGGACAUGGUGAGGUUUCUGGUGGAAAACAGAGCCAAUGUAAACCAGCAAGACAAUGAGGGUUGGACACCCCUUCAUGCAGCUGCUUCCUGUGGCUAUCUCAAUAUAGCAGAGUAUUUUAUUAACCAUGGAGCCAGUGUGGGAAUUGUAAAUAGUGAAGGUGAAGUCCCCUCUGACCUUGCAGAAGAGCCAGCCAUGAAAGAUCUUCUUCUGGAACAAGUGAAGAAGCAAGGAGUUGAUCUAGAGCAGUCAAGGAAGGAAGAAGAGCAACAGAUGUUGCAGGAUGCCCGCCAGUGGCUCAACAGCGGGAAAAUAGAGGAUGUGAAGCAGGCUCGCUCAGGGGCCACAGCUCUGCAUGUGGCUGCUGCCAAAGGCUACUCUGAAGUCCUCAGACUUUUAAUUCAGGCUGGGUAUGAACUCAAUGUUCAGGAUCAUGAUGGCUGGACUCCUCUCCAUGCCGCUGCACACUGGGGAGUGAAGGAAGCCUGCUCCAUCCUGGCAGAAGCACUCUGCAACAUGGAUAUCCGGAACAAACUGGGCCAGACACCAUUUGAUGUGGCUGAUGAGGGUCUUGUGGAGCACUUGGAGAUGCUCCAGAAGAAGCAGAAUGUGCUUCGAAGUGAAAAGGAAACACGGAAUAAACUCAUUGAAUCAGACCUGAACAGCAAGUUGCAGAGUAGACUCUUCAAGAACAAAGAGAAAAUGCUUUAUGAAGAAGAGCAACCCAAGUCACAAGAAAUAGAGGAAGAAAAUAAAGAAUCCAGCAGCUCCAGUUCAGAGGAAGAAGGUGAAGAUGAAGCUUCUGAGUCAGAAACUGAAAAGGAGGCAGAUAAAAAAACAGAAGCCACUGUCAACCAUUCCAGUCCUGAAAACAAGAGUAGCGUCAUGGAGCAGAUACCAUCACCAACUCAGAAUACCUUCUCUGCCUCUUCUGCUAGGAGAUUCUCUUCCAGCCUUUUUAGCAAGCCGGAAGAGCCCAAAGAUGAAUCUCCUUCUUCAUGGAGACUGGGACUCAGAAAAACUGGCAGCCACAAUAUGCUAAGUGAAGUGGCCAAUUCCAGGGAUGCUCUGCGGGACCGAGGCCUUUCCAUCUACCGCUCUUCAUCAAGCCCCCGGAUCUCUGCUCUGCUGGACAAUAAAGACAAGGAAAGAGAAAACAAAGGCUAUUUUAGUUCACUAGUUCCCCGGAGGCUCAGCAGCACAAGUGACAUUGAAGAAAAGGAGAACAGAGAAUCAGCUGUUAAUCUAGUAAGGAGUGGCUCCUAUACCCGGCAGCUCUGGAGGGAUGAAGGGAAAGGCAAUGAAACCCAACAGAAAAUUGCUCCUUCCAACUAUGUAUCAACCUAUUUGAAAAGGACUCCUUACAGAUCCCAGGCUGAUUCUACUGCAGAGAAAGCAGCAGACAGUAUUUCUUCUGGUACCCCACUCUGUGUCAUCACUAAUCGCCCUCCACCUAACACUACCAAUGGGGUUACUGCUGCUUCUGUGCCCUCCUCUCCUGGAACAGACUCCUCUGUGGAAGGCAGGGAGAAGAGGAGGUCCUAUCUGACUCCUGUACGUGAUGAGGAAGCAGAGUCUUUACGGAAAGCACGUUCCAGACAAGCUCGGCAGACGCGAAGAUCUACUCAAGGUGUUACCCUAACAGACCUUCAAGAAGCAGAAAGGACUUUCAGCCGGUCAAGGGCAGAGAGGCAAGCUCAGGAGCAGCCUGGAGAGAAGCCUGUAGACACUGAAGCACCAGAGAAGAGCACUGAGAAGCAGGAUCCCUCCAUAGCCCCAGCAAAGGAAGCUGAGGAAGGUCAGCAACCCUGGGAAGAGCCUGUCUAUCAUCACAUGAGGUAUCCAUCUCAGCUAGACAAGCCCACAACACCAGUGUCUCCUUCUACAUCAAGACCUUCAUUCUAUACCAGUUCCCAUCUGCUACAGACAAGCAAAUCUUCAGCCCCUGAUUCUGAGAGUUCAGAGACCACCACAAAUACUACAACUGCAAAGGAAAUGGACAAGAGUGAGAGCAAAGAAGCAGAUUUAGAUGAUCAGUCCUCUGAUAGGCUUUCCAUCCGAGAGAGGAGGCGGCGGCGAAGAGGCACAGGCAUCAACUUCUGGACAAAGGAUGAAGAUGAGGGUGAUGUCUCUGAAGAGGUCAAAGAAACAUGGCAUGAAAGACUUUCUAGAUUGGAAUCGGGAGGUAGUAACCCCACAACCAGCGAUUCUUAUGCUGACCGGGCCUCAGCAAGAGCUCGUCGGGAAGCCCGAGAGGCCCGACUGGCCAGCCUGACCAGCCGGGUGGAAGAGGACAGCAACAGGGAUUAUAAAAGACUCUAUGAGAAUGCCCUCACUGAAAACCAAAAACUGAAAACUAAACUUCAGGAGGCCCAGCUAGAGCUGUCAGAUAUAAAAUCCAAGCUUGAGAAGAUGGCCCAGCAGAAACAAGAGAAGACCUCUGACCGAUCCUCAAUGCUGGAGAUGGAGAAACGGGAAAGGCGAGCCUUGGAGCGAAAAAUGUCAGAAAUGGAGGAAGAGAUGAAGGUGUUAACAGAACUGAAAUCUGACAACCAGAGGCUGAAAGAUGAAAAUGGUGCCCUCAUCAGAGUCAUCAGCAAACUGUCCAAAUAGAUUAGGCUCCAGACUUUGGAGGAGAGGGAGAGCAUUUGCUGCCUCACACCCUCUUUUCCAGCCAUGGCUUUCCAGCCAAAAGAAGUAAAUGUUUGGGUGGAAGGACUUUUUUUUUUUAACUCUUCAGUCACCUCUGCACUGUACAUUUCUCUCUGCACUCUUGAUUUUCCAUGCCCUCCAUGCCCCCCACCCCAGAUUUUAUGACAGUUUUAAUUGAAGCAUGAUUGUGAUCCUUCAAGCCUUCUGGAGAAGGCCUUGUGGAGUAAACCGAGCUCAGCUGUGGACCCCAACUUCUUGCCGCACUGCUGCUUUAUCUACGUUGGAUUUGGUCCAAACACGUAAGGCUUCUCCCCACAGCCUUUACGCUGACCUUUACAGUGCCCUCUGAUGUGGGUGAGUCCAGGACCCUGUCUAGGAUGCCAAGAGAAAGGGGAGGAUGUGGAAGGAACUGCAGAAUUGCCUCUGCAGCCGUAUUUACUAGGGUCUUAGGUGGCCAUGACUGCCUCAAGGUUCUUUAUUAUGCUUCACUUCAGAAACUGACUUAUUUUCAGAUUUUUCUAUCCAUAACCAACAUCCCUGACUAGUUUUAGCCCUUAUUCCUCCCUUUCUCCAAGGCUCAGAUAGCCCUGACCUCACCUAUUCCUGUACUUUCUGUCUUAUUCUCCCUUCCUCUUGCCUCCUAACUGAUGGUGUACAAGCUGGAACAGAAUACCUGACAGUCGUCUUUGGACAUUAUAGGAAAUCAUUACUCUGGAGACCAGAAAACCAUCACUAUCAUCAUCCUGGUAACUUGGUGACAGCAUCAUAACCCCUUUUCCCUGAAAA